AUGGAAGGUAAAAUACUCGACCAGGAAACCACUGCUGACCACAGUCCAGCCAAGGAACAAAUCGCUAAUAUAAAAUCAAAACGCAAAUACGAUAUAAUCGUUUUUGGAGCUUCGGGAUUCACUGGACAAUAUGUUGUUAUGGAAAUAGGACGCUUUUCUCAAACAUACAAUUUAACUUGGGCUAUUGCUGGGCGUAACACUGAUAAAUUACAAAACGUAUUAGAUAAAUUGUACAAAACUAUUGAUGGUUAUGAAGAUAAAAAAAUUGAUAUUAUUUAUGCCGAUGUACAAGAUAUUAAAACUGUAAUGAGAAUGGCUCAAACAACUUCUGUGGUUAUAAAUUGUACUGGACCGUACUAUAUAUUUGGAGAAGUUGUAGUGAAAUCUUGUGUUUUGACAUCUACUCAUUAUGUAGAUGUAACUUGUGAACCAUUAUUUAUGGAGAAAAUGGCAUAUACAUAUAAUAGACAAGCUGAAGAAAACCAUUCAAUAAUUGUCAGUGCACUUGGUGUGACUAGUGUACCGACUGACCUUGGUGUAGAAUUUUUAUACAAACAUUUUAGUGGUGAAUUGAAGAAUGUUGACGUGUACAUGGAAAUUUAUACCAGUUCAAUCGUACAUGCACUUCCCUUAAGCACUCAUAUACAUGACGGUAUUUGGAUAAGCACUAUAUUGCAUUUGGCUACUGAAAAACUAAGACUACACUACAGGAAUCUGUUAGAUGAGUUAAUGGGAAUAACUCGAGUAAAACCAAAUGUUUCCAAGUUAUUGCAUAGACGGCAAACCAGUAUGCAUAGUGACGAUAAAGAAUGGUGCUUGUCUUUUCCGGAUCCAGAUCAAGCUGUUGUUGCUAGAUCAAUACAUCAUGCCAAAACUAUCGAUAAUUUACCAUAUAAUUUUGAUGUUCGAAACUAUUAUGUUUUUGGUUAUUUGAUAUCAGCUCUUAUUGGGUUAUAUUUCUACAUAAUACUGUCUAUCUUGGCCACAUUUGAACCUGUUAGAAUGUUUUUUGUUCGGUUUCCAAAAUUGUUUACAUUUGGAGUUGCAUCAAAAACUGGUCCAAAUGAAAAAAAAUUGGAAAAUUCACACAUGACGUUAACCUUGAUUGGUCACGGAACAACAUCUGCUCAUCCUCCUAAUGAUAAUCUCAAGGAAAUUACACUUAAAGAUAAUAUUGCCACAAGAACAACUAUUAUUAAAGUCAGAGCUAAAAACCCAGUUUAUGGAUUCACUAGUAAAGCGGUUGUCUUGGGAGCAAUAACUAUAAUAAAAGAUCAUAUCAAUAUUCCCAAAGGGGGUGUUCUAACACCAGCUUCUGCAUUCCGUAAUACUCAAUUUGCGAAUCGUUUAAUGGAUCAUGAUGCUGCAGUUUUUGAAAUUGAGUCUGACUUGAUUAUUUACGGACAACAAUCAAAACUAAUUUAA